GAGAAGGAACAUUUUAAUGUGACUCUUAGGGAGAGCCAAACCCUAGGUUUCCUUCAACUGAAAAUAAAAUUUUAUUUCUUUUUUUUCUUUUGGAUUUGAUUUGCAGAUCAGAAAACAGAGAUCCUGCCCAAUUUAUUCAUUUCACCAGGAAAGCAAUCUUGGGUUUGGUUUAUAAUUCGAAGAUCUUGUUCAAGCUUUUGAGGAUAACAAAAGGUCUGAAAAUAUGAUGUCAAGAUCGUAUACCAAUCUUUUAGAUCUAGCUUCCGGGAACUUUCCGCUGAUGGGGCAAAGAAAGCGGCUGCCUCGAGUAAUGACCGUUCCUGGUGUUAUAUCAGAGCUUGAUGAUGAUCAAGCUAAUAGUGUGACCUCAGAUGUUCCAUCCUCUAUCGUCCAAGAUCGUGUAAUAAUUGUAGCUAAUCAGCUUCCAGUAAAAGCUAAGCGCAGGCCGGAUAAUAAAGGGUGGAGUUUUAGUUGGGAUGAGGACUCCCUGUUAUUGCAACUUAAAGAUGGCUUGCCCGAUGAUAUGGAGGUUUUGUACGUGGGGUCGUUGAGGGUUGAUGUUGAUUCAAAUGAGCAGGAUGAUGUGUCGCAAGUUUUGUUGGAUAGGUUCAAGUGUGUGCCUGCAUUUUUACCACAGGAUAUUUUGUCCAAAUUUUAUCAUGGGUUUUGUAAGCAACAAUUGUGGCCACUUUUUCAUUACAUGCUUCCCUUCUCGGCAAAUCAUGGGGGUAGAUUUGAUAGGUCUUUGUGGGAGGCCUAUGUGUCUGCUAAUAAGAUCUUUUCGCAGAGGGUGAUUGAGGUGUUAAACCCUGAAGAUGACUAUGUUUGGAUUCAUGAUUACCAUUUGAUGGUGUUGCCGACCUUUUUGCGAAGACGGUUUAACAGAUUGAGAAUGGGUUUUUUCCUUCAUAGUCCAUUUCCUUCAUCUGAGAUAUAUAGGACCCUACCAGUGAGAGAAGAGAUACUUAAGGCACUCUUGAAUUCAGACCUUAUUGGUUUCCACACUUUUGAUUAUGCCCGGCAUUUCCUUUCUUGUUGUAGUCGGAUGUUGGGUUUGGAGUAUCAGUCAAAGAGGGGUUAUAUUGGUUUGGAAUAUUAUGGAAGGACUGUUGGAAUAAAGAUUAUGCCAGUUGGGGUUCACAUGGGGCAGAUUGAAUCUGUGUUGAGAUUUGCAGAUAAGGAGUGGCGGGUGGGAGAGCUUAAACAGCAGUUUGAGGGAAAGACUGUGCUACUGGGUGUUGAUGACAUGGACAUCUUUAAAGGUGUCAAUUUGAAGUUGUUGGCAAUGGAGCAGAUGCUCACACAGCAUCCAAAGUGGCAAGGAAGGGCAGUGUUGGUACAGAUUGCAAACCCUGCUAGGGGGAGUGGGAGAGAUCUCGAGGUGAUACAGGCUGAAAUACAGGCAAGCUGUAAGAGAAUUAAUGAAAAUUUUGGGCAGCCAGGUUAUGAACCAAUUGUAUUUAUUGAUAGGCCAGUUUCUCUUAGUGAGAAAGCUGCAUUUUACACCAUUGCCGAGUGUGUCGUAGUGACAGCUGUCAGGGAUGGAAUGAACCUUAUCCCAUAUGAGUAUAUCGUGUCCAGGCAGGGAGUCUCUGGAUCUGAAUCUGGUUCUGAAUCAAUUGGCCCCAAGAAGAGCAUGCUAGUGGUAUCAGAGUUCAUAGGAUGCUCUCCUUCGCUGAGUGGUGCCAUUAGAGUCAAUCCAUGGAAUGUUGAAGCAACUGCUGAGGCAAUGAAUGAGGCAAUUUCUAUGGCUGAUGCUGAGAAGCAAUUGCGUCACGAGAAGCAUUACAGGUAUGUUAGUACACAUGAUGUGGCAUAUUGGUCGAAAAGCUUUUUCCAGGAUAUGGAGCGGUCUUGUAAAGACCAUUUUAGGAGAUGGUGUUGGGGAAUUGGGUUGAGCUUCGGUUUCAGAGUUGUAGCCCUCGAUCCUAACUUCAGAAAGUUGUCUAUUGAUUCUAUUGUAUCUGCAUAUUCAAGGGCCAAAAAUAGGGCCAUCCUUUUGGAUUAUGAUGGGACUGUAAUGCCUCAGACAUCCAUCAAUAAGACUCCAAGUGAAGAUGUUAUCUUAAUCUUGAACACGCUUUGUAGUGACCCUAGAAAUACAGUGUUUGUUGUUAGUGGAAGGGGAAGGGAUAGCUUAGGCAAGUGGUUUUCUCCUUGCAACAGGCUUGGAAUUGCAGCAGAACAUGGAUACUUCUUAAGGUGGUCUGUGAAUGAAGAAUGGGAAAUCUGUGGUCAGAGUAAUGAUUUUGGGUGGAUACAGAUGGCUGAGCCUGUAAUGAAAUUGUACACAGAAGCUACUGAUGGUUCUUAUAUUGAAGCCAAGGAGAGUGCCUUGGUUUGGCACCAUCAGGAUGCAGACCCAGGUUUUGGCUCUAGCCAGGCCAAGGAGAUGUUAGACCAUCUAGAAAGUGUGCUAGCAAAUGAACCUGUUGCUGUGAAAAGUGGUCAAUUCAUUGUAGAAGUGAAGCCACAGGGCAUCAGUAAAGGUGUGGUUGCAGAAAAGAUCUUCACUUCAAUGGCAGAGAGGGGAAGGCAGGCUGAUUUUGUGUUGUGUGUAGGUGAUGACAGAUCUGAUGAGCAUAUGUUUGAAAUCAUUGGUAAUGCAGUAUCGAGUGGGAUCCUCUCCUCUAAUACAUCAGUUUUUGCCUGCACGGUUGGACAGAAACCAAGUAAAGCCAAGUACUAUUUGGAUGACACAACUGAGGUCAUAAACAUGCUUGAUGCUCUUGCUGAUGCUUCAGACCCUUCCCCAUCUCCCGAACUUGAAGCAAGCUCUCCUUGAAAUCUUCAUAUGUGGCUUUCUUAUCUGAUUAAGCCUCACUUCUCUUCACCAUUGAGCCAAUCUGGAAGAAUGCUGUGCCAGCCUGUGAUUGCAGGUAGUCAUCAAUUUUGGCUCUGUUUGGAAGUAAGUUGUUGAAGAUGGCCUUCUAUUUGAUUGUUUCAUGGCCAAUUUGGAAAUAUCAGAAGCUUGGAUUUUCCUGUGACACAAGUAGUGAAAGACAGAAUGAAGAAUCAGACUCAGAAAACAGUACCCCCCGCACCCCACACCACAACCCCCAAAAGAAAAAAAAAAAAAAAAGGGAAGCAAGUAGAAAAUUUUUGCCAUCAACUCAGACAUUUGAAGGGUUUGCAGAAUCUACCAGAUUUGUUCAUGGUGAACAGACUUGGGGCUGAAAGAAAUGCCCAAACCUUUGUUGCAGCAGACGAUAACAACGACCAAGCUUGCCCAAUGAGAUUCUCACACAUCAUAUAGGAAGUGUGCAUCCUCACUUACAUUCUUGCUCUUGCGAGUUGACUUUUAAAGUGCAAAGCUGAAGCUCUGGCAGUAACAUAAGUGGACAUCAGCUGGUUGAUAUAGAUGCCCUGUUGAAUUAACACUAUACAGGUGCCCUUUUUUUUUUUAUUCUUUUUUGUGUGAUGUCUCUUCUUCUUCAUUUUAAUUUGCCUUUGUUACUUAGCUCAAUUUGUUGGCAUAUGGAAUGUGUAAAUUUUAUAGAAAUUUUCCUCUCAAUUCCUCGCACCA